UAAUAAAUAGAAAAUUUCAGGUUUAUUAAAAUAGAAUUAGAAUUUUGUGGAAGAAACUAUUCUUGAACACGAGAAAGCCAGAGUUUUAGUUAUACCCUGUAUACUCGUGUUGUUAAGAGGUGCCUAAGGAGAUGUGAUUUUUGUUAAAAAAGAUUGUUUUUGAUUUUCUGGAAUAAUUCCCAUGUAAAGAAGCAGCCUCAAGAUAUAUCAGACUAAUAGGGAUUUGUUAAAAUGUCUGAAAUGUUGGGAAAAAUAACACUGUGUACCAUGUGUACUGAACUAAUUAUCUGAUUAUUUGAUAGGCUUAGUUAAGAGUUCAUGUUGUGUAAGUUGGGGGGGGGUCCAAAUUUAUCAGUUGUCAGAAAAAGUGUGAAAAUAAGUUUAACACAAAAUGAUCCCUACAUACAUACAUGUCUAUUUAUUAAUUAAAUUUAUUGUUUAGUAUAUAUUAUUAUUAUAUAAUUACAUUCCAUCUGUUUCCUUCAAUAUGUUUAAUUUAUCUCUAAAGCACACAUUAAUUUGAAAUUAAAUUGCCCCUGUUACUGUCUGAGAAGUAUGAGAAGCUUGUCAUUAUAUGAUUAAAUCAGGGUUGUUAGAGACAGCCAGGAAACAGGAGAUCUAAACACAAUGGACAGGAAAAGACUUCAAGAGUCCUGAACAGUUAGCUUAUGUGGUCUGGGUUGUGAUAGCUAAGCUUGUUUAUCAGUGGUAGUUUGUGUAGACCUAUAAUUAGUGUGUCACGGGUCAUUGUUGUGUCGACCCCCCAGGGUAUGGAGAUUUCUAUAAAACAACUUGUAACACCUGACCAGGGGGGUUAAAAUGGAUUAAAAUGUUAAUGAUAUAAUACAGGAAUUUACUUAGAAAGGGCCUCAUCAAAAAUCACAGAAGAGUACCGACCGAUGAAGACCGAUGACCCCGAAGCUUUCUCCGAGACCGAGGUCCGGAAGAUGAAGAAGCUCUCCAAGCGACGCACCCUACUCUUCAUCCCCAGCUUCCGCAAAAAGAACAUCAAGUUGUUCCGAGAAGACGGCGCACCCCCCAAGGACAGCGACUCCGGUCGAGACAGCGAUUCCGUGAACAGUGGCGAUUCCAAGGGAGAUAACCUCUCCAUCCGCAGCAGCCUGAGUUCCCUUGACAGCGGGUUUGGAUCCACCACCAACUCCUCCUCCAGUCUGAUGUCGCGCGUGGUGUCCGACAUUCCUGACGUCAUACGAGAGGAGUCCAGAGGCCGCGCCCCCAUUGCUUCACCGGAGGACGAUUCCCUGCUGGAGGAUCCCAGUGAUGGUACUGGGGCGGAUCCUGUCUCCACAGUACGGGAGGGUGGGGAUUCCCGAGAGGACUGCUCUGCCUCGUCCUUCCACACACUGAGUGACUCCUGCAGCUGUGAUUCCUGUGGUGACUCUUCUAGUGAUUCUGAGGGGGAGGAUCGUGUGAGGGUGGACGAUUCCUCGGAUUCCGAUUCAGACCUGGCGUCAGUGACCCGUACUGUUACUCCCACAUCCCAGCGAAGUACCUCCACAGACUCUGACAGUGACUCGGACCUUGACGAGUGCUCCAGCUUCUUUACACAGGACAAGUGCUUUCUUCCUAACGCUUCAGCGAAGCCCAGGAACCCAAUUGUACAUACAAAUUCUGUAAAUAGAGGAAACCGUAUAAAGACGAAUGGCAGCGUCAUCAAGAGGAAGUCCCACCAACAGCUAGUGACGCCCCUACCUACGUACGCACGGAGCCAUGCCCUGCCAGCUUCUGCAGCCAAAGCCAGCAGAUCCUCCAGCUUCAACUCCGACAGUGACAGUGCUUUCAAGUCCUUCACCUCCUGCAGUGACUCUACCGACUCUGUUAACUCCAGUAGGACUAUGACCUGUGAUGUGGUACAGAGGAAUCGGAUCUCCUACUGUGAGCCAGAUGUCAUCCCCAAGCCUGUGCCAAAACUCAGCAGAAGUGAGAGCGAGAGACGAAGCAGGUCCAAACUCCGCAGUCCCAUUCUACAAGUCCACAACCGGAGCCUGAACCGAGAAGUCCUGAAGAGUGCGGCAGUGGUUCCCGAUCUUCCACCGGACUCCUCCAAGUCUCCGGCUGAUAUCCAGCAGUCCAUGCAGAACACAGCGUACUGGGUCAGCAACAGUCGAUACAGCAGCGAUCCGGACGACAGCACCCAGCUCCUGAAGGACAAUCCCGAGGUCAGCGAGCGGGAACUGUGUCAGGAAAUCAUCGGGAUCUACUUCGGCGAGGACGACAGCGACAGUUCCCUGUCUUCUUCCUGUCUGGACAACUCGCUGGACGGCCAGGAUUCCACGUCAUCGUCGUCAUCCUCGUCAGAUUCCGCUUACCUCCCACGCACCCUGGAGACGAACCUGGACGAUUUCUCCACAGCCGUCUACAUCCCAGCGAAAGCUUCUGAGGCCCACACCCGCAAAAUCAACAGUGCCAAGGUGAUGAAGACGAAGGCGGCAGUGAAAUCCAAACCUGAGCCCCAGAACCACAGGAGCCAGGGAGGGACCAGACUCUGCUGUGAAGAGAAGCCCGUACCCAAACUGAGUGAGCAGGAAGUGGAUACGAUCACCAAACUCCACACGAUCUGUAAUGGCCAGCGAAUCGUACGCUACCUCAACAUGUCCGAGCUUCCCAUGGUGCACUUCCCUCCUCCAAAGCGAGCCAGCCGGAUCAUCUGGAACCCGGAUCUGGAGGAAGUGUCUCUGAGUCACCACUCCCCACGCAACACCCCCACCAAGCCGCGGUCAGCCCUCCGACAGAGACCCAGUGGAUACACUUUCCCGUUCCUUGAAGACAAGCCCUCCCCUAUCGUCAUCACCAGGGUCCGCAGGAGCAAGUCCAUGUCCCGGGCGUCCAAAGAGUGGCCGUGGUAGAAACUUUACCGAGCCCAAAAUCUGAGGCCUUCAAAGAGUGGCCAUGGAAGAACUAGAAACUUGACGGAGUUCUAAGUCCGAGCCUUCAAAGAGUGACCAUGGAAGAAACUGUACUUGAGUCCUAUGUCCGAGGCCUCUGAAACAUCGCCAUGGUAAAAACUUUUCCGAGACCAAAGUCCGAGGCUUUCAAAGAGUGGCUGUGGUAGCU